AUGGCGGGGGGGGGUCCCUGGGCCCGGCUCGCGGCCGCGCUCGCGCCCCCCGCGCCCCCCGCGCUGCGCCGGCCCCGCCCCCCGUUACGUCAUCAGGUGCGCGACGGGCGCGAGGGACCCAUCGGGACCCCCGGGACCGCCCCCGGGAGCCUCGGGACCCUCCGGAGCCGCCUCCGGGAGACCCCCGGGCUGCAGCCGCUGGUGCUGCUGCUGGCGGAGGAGACCGAUCCAGUGGAUCCCUGGGAAGAGGCCGGGCCGGAUCCCGGAGCCCCCCCCGUCUGGAGCCUCACUCCGGCCACCCGGGCUCAGCUGCUGCAGCUCCCGGCUUUUGGGGGGGUCCCGGGGGGGUCCCCCCCGAUUUUGGCCAGCGCGGACCCGGCUCCGCUUCAGUCCGAGCUGCUGCGGGGGGGGUCAGGUUUGGGGGGGCCCCGUUUGGCCUCGCUGGCGCUGCACCCCGCCCUUCCCCCCCCGCUGCGCCUCUUCUUCCUCCUCUGCCUCCUCGAGGGGGGGGACCCCAAAACCCGCGCCCCUCCCCCAGCGCUGCCCCCCCACUUGGCGGCCGCUCUGUUCCCGGGGGGGGGCGGGGACCCCCCCGAAAUGUUCCUGCCCCGUUUCGAGGCGGCCGCCGCCUUCUGCUCCCGAAUUUCGGGGGAGGGGGCGACGGGGGGGAGCCCCCACCCCAAAAUCCAGGGGGGCCGGGAGUGGCUGUGGGGGCUGGUGGGGUUUUUGGGGGGGGGUCCCCCCGUUCUGUUCUGCCGGGCCGUGGUCUCGUACCGGCGCUGGUUCGGGGGGGUCCCCGGGGGGGACCUGGGGGGGGCGGCGGGGAAAUUAUUGGGGGGGGGUCACCCCGCGGCCCCCCCGCACCUGCUGGAGCUCGCCAAGGUUUUGGGGGGGUCCCUCGGGGGGGCUUUGAUGUCGCAAGUCCUGCGGGCCCCCCAGCCCCCCCCGGGCACCCCCCAGCUCCGGGGGGUGCUGAAGGUGCUGCGCGACCCCCCCGCCCCCCCCGGGACCCCUCCCCAAAUGCGCCCCCAGCUCCGGGGGUACCUGCGGCGGGCGCUGGCGGCCGAGGGGGGGGCCCUGCCCCCCUCCCUGGAGGCCGCCGCCGUUUUCACCCCGGGGGGGGCUCCCCAAAAAGGGGGAGGGGGCUCUUUCCUGGCGCCCCUCCCCCCGCUGGAGCUGCCCUUGGGGGUCCGGCUGCGCCCCCUCGCCCUCCCCCCCCCCUGGGACCCCCCCCGGGCCCUCCGCGCCUUCGAGGCGCUUUGGGGGGCGCUGGGGGGGGGCCCCGAGACCCUCCUGCUGCUGGGGGGGGGCGCGGCCGCCCCUCCCCCCGCCCUCGCCCCCCUGCUGGUUCCCCCCGGGGGUGGGGGAGGGGCGGGGGGGGGAUGGGCGCUGGCGGCCGCCGCCCCCCCCCGGGGGUUGGUGCUGGCGCGGGGGGGGCCGGGGGGGGAGGGGCGGGUGCGGGGGCAGCGCUGGGGGGGGGUCCUGCUGCUCGCGCGGCUGCUGCGGGGGGAGGGCGGGGCCUGA